AAAGGCGGAACUUGAUAUAUCGUCGAUGAUACCGUCAACGACUACACGCCACAAUGAAAUUGCCGCUACUGACGACGGUAACAACCCUACUACUUGUUCUGAUACUGACCGUUACUUGUCAAGAACAGCUAAUCGUCUGUCCGCCCGAUUACUGCCUCACAGUCAAAUGCGUGAGUGACGAAUCCUGUCCUAAAAACGAAACGUUGGUACCGACCUUCUGCGGAUGUUGUCGGAGAUGUGUCCCAAUCAUUGGUGAAGGUGGGAGAUGUAUUAUUUUCAACGGGGUACCGCCUACCUCCGCAUGCGACCGGAAUUUGACAUGUUGCAACGGCACCUGCGAAAAGACGUGCGGCGAAUAAAUACAAUUUUUUGGAAAUAAAUAGAAAUAUUUAGAGUACAACUGUUAAAUGGAAUAAAUAAAGUUUAAAUGUUU